GGCCCCGCGCGCGGCCGCGUUUGAAUGGCCCUGAGUGGGACUCGGCCCAGAAGCCCAGGGACCCUCUAGGCUGCCAGGCGCUGAUCCUCAGCGCCGAGGCUGGGCUGAGGCGCGGCGGUACCAUGAGGCGCCGUGGUUAUAAACUGUUUUCAACUUCAAGAUUCUUGAGAGAUAACUACACAUACCCUUUGCCAUAGUGGGAAUGACUGUGUAGUAGUAACUGGAGGAGAAAGUUUCUUUGUACACAACUAUGCUUUGAUUUUCAAGAGGAGGAAUGAAAUUGCCUCGUGAAAUUACAGAGUUAAAUACAAUGUACUUAAGAGAUUAUGGCAUCGGAAACCCACAAUGUUAAAAAACGGAACUUUUGUAAUAAGAUUGAGGAUCAUUUCAUUGAUCUUCCUAGAAAAAAGAUCUCUAAUUUCACUAAUAAGAACAUGAAGGAGGUUAAGAAAUCUCCAAAACAGUUGGCUGCUUACAUAAAUAGAACAGUUGGACAAACUGUGAAAAGCCCAGAUAAACUUCGUAAAGUGAUCUAUCGCAGAAAGAAAGUUCAUCAUCCCUUUCCAAAUCCUUGUUACAGAAAAAGACAGUCCCCUGGAAGUGGGGGCUGUGACAUGGCAAAUAAAGAAAAUGAACUGGCUUGUGCAGGCCACCUGCCUGAAAAAUUACACCUUGAUAGUCGAACAUAUUUGGUUAACUCCAGUGAUUCUGGUUCUUCACAGACAGAAAGCCCAUCAUCAAAAUAUAGUGGGUUUUUUUCUGAGGUUUCUCAGGACCAUGAAACAAUGGCCCAAGUUUUGUUCAGCAGGAAUAUGAGAUUGAAUGUAGCUUUAACUUUCUGGAGAAAGAGAAGUAUAAGUGAACUUGUAGCUUAUUUGUUGAGGAUAGAAGAUCUUGGCGUUGUGGUAGAUUGCCUUCCUGUGCUCACCAAUUGUUUACAGGAAGAAAAACAAUAUAUCUCACUUGGCUGCUGUGUAGACUUGUUGCCUCUAGUAAAGUCACUACUUAAAAGCAAAUUUGAAGAAUAUGUUAUAGUUGGUUUAAACUGGCUUCAAGCAGUCAUUAAAAGGUGGUGGUCAGAACUAUCAUCCAAAACAGAAAUUAUAAAUGAUGGAAAUAUUCAAAUUUUAAAACAACAAUUAAGUGGAUUAUGGGAACAGGAAAACCAUCUUACUUUGGUUCCAGGAUAUACUGGUAAUAUAGCUAAGGAUGUAGAUGCUUAUUUAUUACAGUUACAUUGAGAGAUUUCAUCUACUAAAGAGCAUUUGGUUUUUCAAAACAUCCCUGAACUGUAUAAUUUACCAAAAAAAAAAGUCUCAUCUGAGAACUGAACUGCGGAAGAAAUCAAAACUAUUUUUUCUUUUAAAAAGCCACAUAAUGAAACCACUAAUGAAAUCCCAACAAUCUGCUUCACAUUGAAGUGGAAAAAUAUCCAAAAGGAGCAGCUUCAAUUUCAUUGAGGUGAAAGUGCACUAUGAAGAUUGUUCAACUUUGCUGCAUUUGGGAGUUAUAUGGUUAUUUGGUAACAUUAAGAACUACUGGAUUUUAAUGCAAUCCUGCAUAAAAAUAUAAUUUAUACUAUGUGAAAAAAUAAGACAGGACUUACCACUAGGAACCACCAAGACCAAUCAUCAUUAACUUUUUUAAGAUUGUGUUUUAUUAAAAAAAAAAAAACCCUUAAAUGUGUGCAGCUAUUUUCUUAUGUUGAAAAGACUGAAAGUUUAAAACAUGAAAAAAAUCAAUAUUAAACAUUUUUUGUUCACACUGAGAUACUGUGUAUGUAAAAUGCCUUAAUUAUUAAUAAGCCAAUGUGUUAUGAUACCAAUAUCUGUUUUAAAAAACUAAAACCAACCAUGCUUCUGGCAUGAUAAAAUCAUGGAAUUAAAUCAGGGGUUUACAUUCUUGUAGAAUGUUCUUGAAACACUCUCUGCACCAUUUUUAAAACUUGAGAAUAGUUUUAGUAUCUCUGAUAUUUUUUGCCAGAAUCAUCAUGUCAUGUAUGUAUGUGUUAUCCCUAUCUAAGGAAAAAGGUGAAUAUGUUUUUGUAUGAAUGUUUAACUGGAAAUGUCCAUGGACUUGGCUAAUUUAUAUUUACUUUUUAUUGUACAUAGAUUUCUAAUAUUUUUCAUUCCUGUAUCAUUUAAACUUCCUUCAUUUGAGUAAAUUCACUAAAUAUUUCUAUUUUUUGCUUUUUUAAAUUCUGAUUUUAUAUGAAUUCUAAUUCUUUUUCACUACAUAUGUUUUAAAGAGUUACAUACAGUGAUUUAGAAUGGUUUACAGUUAAUGCUGAUCUUGUAUUUUAAAUUCCAACACUUUGUGUCACUACCUCCUCUAAUGGCUAGUAUGAUAUGCUAGCAGACUGUAUGAGGUCUUUUUUUAAAAUACCAUUUUUAGUGUCAGUGAACCAAAUUCUGGAAUGUCUUAACAGCUCUAAAUCUUACUUGUCUUGAAAAUGAUUGGGGUUUAAUACCACUGCUGGUGGUUCACACAUCAUCCCAUCCUUAAUAUGCCUGACAGGCAUCUGAGCAAAGGCUUUUAGUAAUUGAAUUUCUCUGCAGUAGUCCUUCAAGCACUUGAAUGUAAACCUUUAGCAUUUACUCGUUUAAUGACUACUGAUACGAAUCUCAAGCAGAUUUCUUGCUCUAAAAAGUUAUGUUUCACUGAGUUCUGGUUUUGUAUAGCUGUAUUUUAUAUAGCUAGAUAUUACUUGCAGUGAACAUGAAUUGUAAUAAUUGGUUAUUUCCUUAAGUCUUUAGAUUAGAAUAAUUUCAGAUUAUUGCACUUCUGUGAUUUGAGAGGCGAGUUAUUUAAGAGUCCAGUUUCCAGGACAUGGGAAUUUGAAUUGUAAACCUGUUAUCUCUGUGAAACUUUAACGUGAUAAAAUAUAACCUUUCUUUGUGCUUA